UAUAUGAACGAAUGAAAACCAAUUUCAGUUUCAGAGAGAGAGAGAGAGAGAGAGAGAGAGAGAGAGCUCUGAUUGCUGCAAAGUGCAAUCGCCACUUUGGCUGCUUGCAUGCCCUCUGCAUCCCGACCUGUCAAUCCAUUCUGUUGCCUUGAAAGCUCUGAUUGAUUCAUUCCAUGAUCAAUUAAUGCAGCAGCAGGCCAUGAAACAAUCUUCCCAGUGGCAGCAAUCGGGGAGGUCCGUCGUAUUGAGGUACCUCCUUCUGUCCUUCCUCCUCCUCCCGUCCAUCCUCCUCCUCCUCCUCCUCCUCCGCCGAGGCAAGUUCACGGAGGGGACAGCGACAGCCACGGGCACGGCUAUGACAGUCGCCGUGGGCGAUGACCUUAGGAUCCGCCCGGGUUACCCCACCUACGAUGCCUACAUCCAGCGGCAGCUCAACAAGACCCUCAACCCGAAGCUCCGCCAGAUAUGGACGACCCGCGAUUGGGGCCGCAAGGUGCGUGUCUUCUCCGGCUUCUUCGACUCCCUCAAGCGCGAGGGCAUCCUCUCCAACUCCUCCAAGGCCCUCUGCGUCGGCGCCCGCGUCGGCCAGGAGGUCGCCGCCCUCCGCUCCGUCGGCGUCAACGACUCCAUCGGGAUCGACCUCGUCCCCUACCCGCCCCUCGUCGUCGAGGGGGACUUCCACCGCCAGCCCUUCCCCGACGCCACCUUCGACUUCGAGUUCUCCAACGUGUUCGACCACGCGCUCUACCCGGACCGCUUCGUCGGGGAGAUCGAGCGCACCCUCAAGCCCGGCGGCGUCUGCGUCCUCCACGUUGCCCUCUCCCGCCGCGCCGACAAGUACUCCGCCAACGACCUCUUCAGCGUCAAGCCGCUGGUGGCGCUGUUUAAGCGCUCCGACGUCGUCGACGUAAGGAAAGUUGACGGCUUCGGCUUGGACACCGAAGUUGUCUUUAGGAAGAAGCAACUCAUACGACAUCGUUAGGAAGGAAACGUAAUUUUUUUAAAAAAAUAAUUUUUACCUUUCCUUUUCCUUUUUCCCUUUUUCUUUCUGUAUUAUAAAUUCUUUUUCUUUUUUCCCAAGAAUAUUUGUUUGUGAAGUCA